AUGCCCCUGAGAAGAGGAUAUCAAGAGCUUCAGAGAUUGAUCGGGAGAGGAGGCAUUGGGGAGGAAGGUCGGGAGGGAGGAGGCGGUGAAGCGACUGAGACGGCGGCGAUUCUGGUGGUGGAAGGGAAUUGUGCUGAAGAGAUAAAUGAUUCAAGUGCUGGCUGCAGCGAGGAGAAUGCUGCGGCAAGAACCAAACCCGUUCUCAAGGAGAAAGAGGAGUUUCAGCUUGAGGAGGUUAAGCUACCACAGGGCAUCGAAUCAAUCACUGUUUCAAGUGUUGAUUUGCACCCUGAAAAUGCUGGAAGCGUGCUUCAGUUUUUAGAGUUCUGUCUGACUUUUAGAGAGGCUCUGGGUUUGAGGGACGGGCAAGCUCAUUUGGUUGUACGUGAGGUUCUAUCUGGGAGCCAAGAGCAUUCUACGCUUACCCAGACGAUAAUCCAAUUAUUGACUCUUAUACUAGUUGACAGAGGAGACAUAUCGGUUGGCUUGAGUGCAACUGAUGACAGGUGGUUCACUAUUCUUGGAAAUUGUCUUGCGGAAUCAGAAGUUAAGCUUGAUGACUUCCCUCCUGAGAUGUUUCAGAAAGGCAUUUCUGAGUAUGAGGAGAUGGAUUCAUUACAAAAGCUUAAGCUUUUGAAUUUUGUAUGCGAUGAAGCGCUUGGCAUAUCGGUGAUGAGGAAUUUCAUUGAAAACCCUGAAUAUGUUGAAAAGAAAAAGAAAGCAGAAGAAAAGUUGAAUGCAGCAGAAGCUAGGGAGAAACAACUGUAUCAGAAGAUAAAAAAUGACUUUGCCAAAGCUGAAGCAGAUAAUAAUGGGGUUGCAUUAACAAUCGAACAACGGCUUGCAAUUAUAUCGCAAAUGUCUGCCGAAUCCGAAGAAGUUCAUUUUGAAAAGAAAAAGAACCAAUUCCCGGUUGAACUGGAUGACAAUGAUCUUAUUCUCUGGAAUUUGAAGUCGUACAAUGAAGAACCAACCAUUUUGCUUCAAGAUUUGGGAAGCUGUAGUGACAUAUGUCCUCAUGAAAAAUGGUAUUCUUUUAGCUCCGAGCAGAAACCACAGGUUGAGAAGUACAUCACUUUCAAAAAGUAA